GCUCACAGUUCCCGGGCAAAGACCGGCCCCGGGCGGAAACGACGCGGCGCCGGCCGGGGGCCGGGGGCCGGAGCGGUAGGUCGGUCGUCCCUUCCUUUUGGAAGUCACCGAAGGUGCUUCGAGGAAGAUGCGGCUGAGUUCCUUGGUGCUGCUUCGCUUAGCCUUAGGCACUGCCAACGGUGGGUUCCAGGAGCGCGAUGCUCCAUGGACCGAUGCACCAGGCCUGGAUAUAGCAAUCGAGGAGUUGGCCGAGCUGAGAGCGCUCGACAGCCGUCGACUCCAGUACAUUACCACUCUGGAGGACAUGCCGCUUCCUGACAAUCAUGUGCUCUACAUGGUGGAGGGAGCCACGGCUACCUCCUGGACCUGCAGUAGUUUCUGUACAGCCAUAGAGGGCGCCCACGCGGGCGCGAAUUACACCACCCUGGAAAUCAAGAUCCCAGGAGGCACCUUCCAAUUCAGCGACCAAGUGCACCAUGCCGCGAGGCUCAAGGUGGUGGACAACACCUUGACAGAGCCCCAGGCAAGAAACGGCCAAUGCGAAGCUGGACAGCCCCUGGUAGCCGAAGGCUCCGAGGUGGACUGGUCUUGGGGCAUGGCGUUGGGGUCAGCGACCACCGUGGACGGCCCAGACACCCUGCGAGCCGACGACACGCUGGUUUUUAGGAUGGGUGGGGACUACCGCCUUUGCUACUCCGCCAACGGCACCUUCGGCCUGCUGCAGGCGGACAUCACGCGGCAGCGGAUAGAAGUGAACGGCGUUUUCGACCGCUCAGAUAGCUGCACGAGCAACGACUGCCUGAGUCGUCGCAUGUAUCAGUGCUACAUGCGGCGGGAGGAAUUCAACACUGCAGAUGGAAAGUACGGAUUGCAGAGCUCCUGCGUGGUGGACUAUUCCUAUCCUGGAGCUGGAUUUUAUGGACCCGUAGGUAGAGGUAGCUGGACAGCGGAGUUUCUGGCCACCUACGAGCAGGGUGCGGUGACCGGCGUGCAGGUGCAGCCCUGCGCCUUCUCGGAGCCUGCGGCCUUCAUCUGCCGCGAUGGCGGCGCGUGCGAGGCGGGCGAUCCCUACAUCUUGCCAGAUGAAUCGGUCUCUUCCAGGAGGAUCAACAUCCCCACCACUCGAAAUGACCUCUUUGGCAACGCCUUCGGCAGUACAACCACCUACAAAGCUCGCACUGUGGCUGCUUGCUACUGCCCAGAUAGGGACGGGUGCAUGGCGACCACGGAUUUCAUCCAGCAGAUUGGCAUCCUCCAUUUCUACCUGAGCAAGGUCUGCCACGCGAGCGGAGACUGCACAGAAGAUUUCACCGGUGUCACUGGCCAGUAUCGCUUUCGAAUUCGUGUGGAGUGCCCCACAGAUGCGUGCAUGAUGAAUGACCAGAAUCGCAUGAAGUUGGUGGAGAAGACCCUCUCCAAUGACCUGCCCUCCUGGGACACCGGCAAUGGCUGUCGGACCGGGCUGCAUGGGAUGGUCGGCGGACUUCAGGUCCUGCCGACCACCAGCUACGUCCCCAUCGAUGGGUCCCCGACCGGUGUGCUCAAUGAGCUCAAUUGCGACCCAGGCUCUCCGGUCGGCUGCCGUCUCACCGGGGGCUCGCGCCAAGACUACAAGGUCUUCGGCGGCGCGUACGGCUUCCGAUUCAUGAUGGGCACGACGGACCAUGAGGCACGCGGGUUUCACACCUCAAAAGAGGUCGACGUGUGUUAUUGCAAUGGCGACUGCAACACUGGAGCCAACUGGUUCAAAGUGGGCAGCAUGAGACUGAGCUCCACGCGCCUCGUGAGCGCUGCAACCUCGAGGUCGGACCUUCCGGCACAGUGGAGUCUGGAAUUUGUGAACCAGCCGGGCAUCAUCGGGCUUUACAGGCCAUACGCCGAUGGAGGCGUUCUCGGGCUCCAGGAGAACAGCCUCCUGAAGUUGGUGACAGACAAGGACAAGAUGAUAGAUGACGAUGGAUGCGCUUUGUCUGGUUACAACAGCCAGUUUUCCGAGGGCUUGUCCAGCGAGGUGGCUGCCUCCACCAACUACUUGGGUAAGUUGCAGACGCAGACACCUCCUGACUUGCAGAAGGUGGUCUUCAAUUCCAAUUCUUUUGUCAACACCAUCACAGUGACAGACGCUGGCACUCUGGCAGUCUGCUACUGCGCCGUCACUGUGGACAGCACGUGUCCGGAGCCCUCCAACUGGAAGCUGGUGACUCACCUCACGGUGAAGGGCCCUCAGAUCAACCAGCGCUGGACCUUCUCCACCAACGUGGUCUUCCGCUUCGGCUACGAGGGCUUCGGGCUCACUUCAGGCGAUACCAUCCGAAUCAUCUCCUCGGAUGGCAAGUGCACAGACAACAACUACAACCCCAACACUGCAGCCUUCGCCUACACCGCGCUGAAGGUGAAGUGCCCAGUGCCCUGUACCGACGUGACGCUGACCGGCGGCACAGAGCCGGGGGAUCUCAGCACCAAGGUGCUGUCAGCGGAUGCCUACAACUGCGAUGUCAACAAUGAGAACUGUGAGACGAACGACAUCACCACCAUCACAGUCAUCAGCGAGACUGAGACGGAGCUCGUCUUCCAGAAAGACCAUAUGAUGCAGACAGGCGAUGAGAUCACCUUGGGGGCAAACAUCUUCUGCGAAGCAGGUGAUCCUGUAUGUACAGAUGAGAUGCUCACUGCCCUGAAGGGCGCCUUCCCCUUCGCGGACGCGGCCACCAACAGCGGCACGGCACCAGAGUCCUACCUCGCAGCGCACAAAUUCACCACCUCGACGGAUCCCAUGCGCGGGCGCAUCCGCAUCGGCUGGCCGACUCCAGCGCCAAAGUUCACCAUCAUCUACGCGGGCGCGAGGCCUGAGAUUGGCUACAUCGGCAGGGGCGGGCUUUGGACUCACCACAGCCGAGCCCAGACGCGGGAGGAGAUCAUGGCCACCGCCGAGCGCGCGAACUUGCGGGUGUGCUGGCAGUUUGGUGGCAAUGGGGCCAAGUACGUGGAGGAGAUUGGCAAGAUGACCAUCCGCAACCCUGCUACGAUGCUGGGAGCCACGCUCAGCAUGAGCAGUUCAGCCAGAAAAACGGCGGUGCCGAUGAUUCUGACCUUCACAACGGCCGGUGGCGUCACUGGCAUGCGCUAUGAGGCUGCUGAGGAUAGCCUUCGGCUCAAGAUUGUCUUCCUGCGCACGGACUUGUUGGACAUUCUCUAUGCCGACCUCGGCGGCGCUGAGAUCCCUUUCGCCGUCGCAAACGAAGAUGAUUUCCAUGAGGCCUCCCAAGCCAUUUGCGGCAAGCUCUUCCUCGAGCUCUGGUCCGCGGACAUGGAGCGGGGCUUCCCGAUGCCCAAGGGCUGUUACUACAAGGGCUACCCCACAGGCAACCGACGCGAGGUCUUUGUGGUCUUCGAAGGCAAGAACGGGCUCCGCCUGGACACGACAUAUCAGAUGGUCUUCAAUGGCAUUGUGCGAGAGGACCUGGACCCUCCACUGGUGAACGAAGUGGUGCAGAACGCCCGUCUUUUGGAGAUCUUCCCCAUGGACGAUGUGACUUCGCGACCCUACGAGGCCAUUGAGCGAGGCACUGUGACGCUCACCACCGAGCCCAAGUCGCCCACGCGGACGGAGCUGGGAGCGGAGGACCCCCAGUUCGCGCCGGGCGGAUUCAAGAUCCUGGGCGGAUACCAAGACCUCCUCCAGAUCAAGGCUGGCGAAAGCCUCAACGUGGAGCUCAUGGGCUUCCCGACCACAGCCGGGCGCAUCCAGGGAGGGGACAUCAUCCGCAUUUUCCUGUGGCCGCUGACACAGUGGCAGACAACUAGUUCCUGCACAGCCCAGUGCAUUGAGAGCGGCGAGAUCAGCUUCCUCUGCGGUCAGAUCACCUCCUGCCUGGGUUUGCCUACGGUGCCAGGCAUGGCCCUGAACAUCCUGAAGAUUACGCUGCCGUCCUGCACGCCCGCAGCGUGUUUCUUUGAUGAUCUCUAUGGCAACCGCAAGGUCCGCAUUCAGAUUGGAGGCGUCACCAUCCCUUCGGGCGGCUUCUUUGCCCAGCGGCUAGCAGCACAGGUGUCUGACAACGGGGACUUGAGGCCGAACUAUGUGCUUUCCAGCGGGAGCUACAUCUGGAAGGAGCCCAACGUUGGCAUCACCACGGCCAAGGUGGUCUCGCAGCUGGGCGGAGGCAACGCCAAGCCCUUCCGCGGCGAUACCCUCAACGUGCUCUAUGCCAGGCUCACGCUGUCCUCCACCAUCAAAGCGAGAGAUGACACCUAUACCGAUGCCUCCUUCACCAUCACCCUGCCGCAGGGCUACACCUGCCGGGACAUGAGCAGCACGACGGCAGGUAAUGCCUGGAUGGCGGAAUCCACCCUCCCGGCCUUCGGCAGUCAGGUCCCACAGGGCCGCGGCACUCCAACAGACGGCAGCGCUACCAACGGAUGGACGGCCUCCGGCAACCAAUGCAUCUACACCCCAAAGCAUCCAGACGGCAUCAUCUAUGCCGGCUCCUCCCUGGUGGUGAAGAUCACAGUGGACAAUCCAAGCUUCGCGCUGGAGCGUGCGAACAACAACAACGUGUGGACGGUGCACUAUACCAACAAAGGUUUCCAUCAGUUUGGAAACUUGAGGAUCCGCCAAUCCACGCAAGCCUACCGCUUCUCUUCCGCUGUAGACCCGAUGUACCAGUCCAACAAUGCAGUUCUCGGGAUCAUCACUGACGCUUCCUGCCAGCCACAAGUCCUAUCCGCGUCGACCGCGAAAGCUGUGUACCAGGACUUGCACUUCUUCUUCCGCACCGAGCAAGAGGUGGGCCCUGGCGGCCUGGUACGUCUCGUGGCACCCACCGGCUUUAGCUUCGGUCAGCCCUGCAAUGCCACAGACCUGCCGGCGCCCUACUACGCCACCCAAGCGAACCCUGUGGACUCCACUCUUCGCCUGCCCGGCAUCCUCUCGUGUGUCUCUCGUGGCUCAGAGCUCCGCACUGCGGAGAUGCGCCUAGAGCGGAUCCUCCAUGGGGGUCGCAUCUUUGGCUUCAAGAUCCGCGUGGAGAAUCCUCAAGGCUUCAACCCGGCGCAAGUGGAGGGAUGGAACCUCUUCACCGCCGACUCGAGCGACUACAUUGUGGACGGGACGCCGCAGACCAUCCCCUUUACGGAGCUGGAUGACACCAGCUGGGGUAUCUAUUCCAGUUCCAACCUGGAGGUGAUGGUGAGGGUUUCGGACUUGCGACCCUUCCAGAUGACGGAAAGGAGGGCCUUUGUGUCUGUGAUGAUUAGCAACCACCCGGUGGGCGACACCGGCUUCAUUCGCUUUCGAGCCCCGGAGGGCUAUGUUUGGAGCUUUGACGAUUCCGAGUUCGUGUACCAGACCUUGGAGAACACGGCGCCAGCCUUGCGCGAGCUGGUGCCUGCUGGGGUCACUGCAGAUUUCCCACCAGGCCCACCUUUGCCACGAGAUGGCAGCAACACGCUGAUCUUUCAGCCGGGUAACUUCCAGGACUUCGCCAUCUAUGGCUUCACUGCGCCUGUGGAGGUGCCAUCGAUGACCCCCACUGCAUCCACCAAUGCCUUCUUCUUUGAGAUGGGCUUCAACUCAAGCAACACGGCCGAGCGACCUGCCGCAGCCUUCGUGCAGGCACCCCCAGUGCGGGCGCUGAAGAAUGCGAAAGUGGACUAUGCCACUACCAUUGUUGGCAAGGAGAAUCUGGUCCAGUUCCGCUUGGAGACCAUUACCUUCAUCCCAUCAGGCGGCGGCAUUGAGAUCACGGUGCCAGAAGGCUACAAGUUCGACACCGACUGUGAGCUGGUGCCCGUGAGGGACCCAACGGCGCCGGCUCCUCAUCCGCUGAACUGCGAGGCCUUCUUCGACAGCUCGUUGGGCCUGAAUGGCAAGCUGGUGCUGCGGCUCCGAGCCGGCCCGAACGGUCUGCCGGCUGCACACCACGCCUUUGCAGUGCUGGCGGAGAAUCCACAGACCACAACCCUGAACUACCCCAUCAGCGGCACUGGGAACUUGGCUUGCGGUACAUUGAUUUGCUGGGUGUUUGAGAGCUUUCAGAUCAUGGCCAACGUCACGCACCCUUCGACCACUCGCCUGGACUACUCCACGGCGGCGCAGGGCUUCGACAUCACGCGGCAGAUGUUGGAGGCACGAAUCCCCACACUCACGGAGGAGCAAAGGCUGGGCACAGGGCGCGACGACCGGCCGGGGCAGCCCAACAACCUGAUUUUCGCCAUCAAGUUAAGUCAGGACGCCCAGACGGACGGGUACAUGACGGUGAGGGCGCCCUAUGGCUUCACCUUUGAGGAGGAGUGCUUGCAGUACGUGGAGGUCAAAGAGAGCUCCACCUUUGGCCCCAAGGUGCGUUUCCCCGAGGAGUUCACGGUGUGGCCCUCCGAUGUGAUGAUCACCACCUGCCGCGGGGUGGAUCGCACAGCCCAUCUCUGGCUGGAUUAUCAGAACGGGGCGCGGCUGCUGGCCAACGAGCUCUACAUCUUCCGCAUCGGGAUCAAGUCGAACCCCAUGCUGACGCCAACUGUGAACAGAUGGAUCGUGCAACUGGCGGGAGAGUCCUCCGAGCCCAUCGAGGGCAUGACGUUGUGGGCAUUUACGCAGACGAGUGUGGAGCCCAUUACCACGGCUCGAGACCGCACGUUGGCCGGGGAAGUGCGCACGCAAAACCCGCUGAAGUUCCGCCUCCGGCCGUUCAACACCAUCAAUCAGAACGGCGAGAUCCGUGCGUUGGCGCCGGAGGGCUUCCAGUUCGUCCACCAGCCCUCGAAGGCCUGCACCACCGAGAUCGAGGAGCUUCCGUACACCUACUUGGGUGUCUUCUAUCCUGGCUUCGUCUGGCCGCAAGAUGAUCUGGUUUGCCUGGUGGACGCCGUGGAUUCCAGAAAGGUAUCGGUGUUCUAUCGGAACGCGCGGCCGAUCACAGCUGGCUUGGAUUACCUGGUGGUGCUGAGCGUGUACAACCCCUCGGAGAUCCUCAGCUAUGCGCCCACAGUUUGGCAGAUCUCCAGCUACUCAGUGGACGGCGGGUCAUUGGACAGCUCCCACAUUGAAGGCUUCCGCUUGAACGAGGUCAUGAACCUGUGGUACUACUCCAACGCGGACCCUGCUGAUCCCACCCAGGAGGUUCGAAAUGGAGGCGCGCGGCUGCCGGCCUUCUCUCUGCGCCUGCGGGCUCCGACCACCUUGGAGAUGGGGGAUGAGAUUCAGAUCAUCUCUCCCUCGGACUUUUAUCUUUUGGACUCGCUGGGGAAGUGCCGUGGUUUCCGCUGGAUCGAUGCAACGGCAGACAUCCCGGUGGCCACCUUCACACCACUUCCCACCUCGCAAGUAGUGUGCAAUGCAUCCUCGAUCACCAUUUACAUCAUGGAGCCCCAGCCCGUGGAACGGGAUUACUACAUCGAGUUUGGCCUUGACAUCUACAACCCGUUGAGGACGCCGCCGCUCACGGACAACUUCUGGCAGUGCACGGUGUACAGUGCCAACAUGGACUCCAACGGCCAGCGAAUCAUCAAGGCAUCCAAGGCCUUCCAAAGUUGGGACAUCGUGCCGCAGCUGGAGAACCUGCAGGUGCGGCUUCUGGGCCCGAACACUGCGGCGGAGACCUAUUCCUCCAUCAGCGUGGAGUUUACGCCGGUGACCUCAGCGGAGGAUAUCGCCAUCCUGUUCAACUCCCCGGUGGACUUCGACUUCAGCGGCUCCAGAACGGAAGACGAAACCAAUCAGGUGAUCUUCCUUGUGGAGGGCCCUUUGGUGCGAAUCCGCAUGCCCAUUAACCAAGGUGUGAGGACACAGAUCGUCCUCAGGAACGUGCUCCUGGGCAAGACGGGUGGCCAGACAGACAUCUCCAUCACGACAUGGACAGGGGGUCUCUUCCAGAAUUCCAUUUGGCAUCCUGGCACGAAGCAGGACGAGCGUCUCAGCUUCCGGGGCGGGUUCAGGUUGCCUGGCAAGGUGGAGAUCCUCUAUGAUAAGCUGGAGAAUACCUACCAGCGCGACCCGUUCACAUAUCCAGAGCAGUCCUUGUGGAGCACUCAGAUGGGGCGACCUGCCUAUGCAGAAUUCCACUUCCACAUCUCCGUGGCUGCUCAGGUGGGGGACUUCCUGAUGAUCUCCGCCAGCCCCUUCGAGCCCACCCGUGGUGUCUUCACCCUGGCGGAGAGCCCAGUGGGCCAAAGCAUCUCCAGCCAGCCCACGGUGAAGAAGGAGGUGGCCAACGAGAUCACCACCGUCUUCGGGGGCGCCAUCCACGUGCGGCUGCUGGAGGCGCUGGUGCCCUUCCGCCGCUACGAGGUCAUCACCUCCGUGAUUGCCCCCACCGCCGCGGCCGCGCAGGCGCAUGGUGGAGCUAUUCAGUGGUUCCUCGAGACUCGGGACUUUGGGCCCUUGCCCACCAACACCAACGACGGCAACUCGCGAGAAUUCCCCAUCGUGGAGGAGUACAGCUUCGUGGUCACCGCUGUCCGUUCUCCUCCGCUGGCGGAGAUCAUCGUGAGCUUGGACGUCACGCCGGCGCUGGCCGCGCCCACGGCCUUGCGCGUGAUCUCGCCCCUGGGCUUCAACUUCACGGAGAACUGCAUGGCCCCGGGCGAGUCCAUCUACAUCUCUGACUGUCAGCCCGGGCAGCCCACCCCGAGCGGGCGAAGCACUGCUACCUUGACGGUGCGCGGUGCACCUGCAGUAGGCUUGGAAGGUGCUGCCAGAGGGAUCCUGGUCAAGAUCAUGUCGCCUACGCAGACUCCGGUGGCAAAGGAGUGGUUCAUCGAAGGUGUGGACGUCCUGUCGGACCGGCAGCUAGGUUGGGGACAAGCUUCUGGCGUCGACGUUCUUCCGAUGCAGGAUACGAUGGUCAUCUAUCCCGGCUUCACGGGUGUGCGAAGCCGAGUGGUCUGGCGCUUCCGAACCCGGGAGAUGGUGCAGGCGGGAGGCUACCUGGACAUCCGGCUGCCCUUCGGCUUCACGCCAGAAUGCUCCGGAGCCACGUUGGAGGCCAUCUCUUUGCCCGUCACUGGCGGCUGCCGGGUCGUGAAUGAGGCGAUAGUGCAUGUCUUCAUGAACACCACCAUCGUGCCGCGGGAGUACGUCUUCGCCUUUUACCUGACCCCGCCUGCAUCCACGCCGCUCUUCAACGACCUCUCCAUCAUUUUGAGGGACCAGUUUGGAGCCGUGUCUGAUGCAGCCGUGUCCAUCCCUGGCUCCAAGAUCUUAGACAAGCUGCGGAUCAGGGAGGGGUCACUGCUCUGGACCUCCACCAAGCCCAACCGCGUCUCGACCAUCACCAUCAGCUUCGAGAUCUUGGAGUCGCUGCCAGAUCUCAUUGUUGCACCAGAGCAGCAGGUGGAUGAGAUCCUCAUCACGCUGCCCAACGGCUUUGUGCACAACGUGGAGAAGCCGACGGAUCUGCAGCUGAUGAAUGAGAACAUGCCGCUGAGAGAAAUAGACUACUUGGACUACUUCCAGAAGGACCGUCUUCGGAUCUCCUUGGAGUUGAACAGGUCCUCCUGGAUCACGCUCAAGUCGGGCAGCUACGGCUUCCGCUUCAACGUGAUGGUGCCCUCGCCACUUCCCACCUUCAACGUGUGGUUCCUCAGUCUCUGCAGCCCCAACUACCCGGAGGGCUGCACGCAGAUCACCGACCCCGCGGUGAUGGCCACCUUUGCGAUGCCUGGCUUUGCACUCAACGAUCCUGCCAAUGGGCUGACCCUCACAUCGAGCGCAGCUCCUGCGUCGGGUAUUGUCGCGUGCAUGCUGGUUCUCAUGGCUCUGAGCUCACCAAACUGAUGAGCUCAAAGGGCAGCUGAUUGCAUGGCGUCAAAAAGGAA